UGCGCGAGCUCCCGCGCGGCCAGCGCCUUCCUUGGCCGCGGCCGCAGCGGCGGGGCGGGCGGGGGGCGGAGCGGACCUAGAGGGGCGCACGGACGCCCGCACUGUCGGACCCACAGAGAGGCCGGCGAGCGGCCGCGGAGCUGCAGUGCCACCAGGAGACCAGGAGCUCCCGGAGGGCGGGGGGCUGUCCGGCUCCCUCCGUGCACUGCCCCAGCCUCACCCGCAUUGAAUCAAGGACCAGCUGCUGUCCAUUCCCUGCACUGACUGCCCCCUGGCCUCCAGCCAUGGCGCCCCCGCUUGCCCUGUUCCUGGUGGCCCUGGUGGCCCUACCUCUGGCCCAGGCUCUGGACUGCCACGUGUGCACCUACAACGGGGAGAACUGCUUCAACCCCAUGCGCUGCCCGACCAUGGUCAACUACUGCAUGACCACGCGCACCUACUACACACCGACCAGGCUGAAGGUGAGCAAGUCCUGCGUGACCAGCUGCUUCGAGACCGUGUACGACGGCUACUCCAAGCACGCGGCCACCACCUCCUGCUGCCAGUACGACCUCUGCAACGUGGCCGGCCUCGCCGCCCCAGGGGGCCUGGCCCUGGCCCCUGUGCUCCUGGCCACCCUCUGGGCCCUGCUCUGAGGCCAGCCUGUCCUCUGUCCCCCAAACCCCUCGUGGACAAAGCUCUGAGAGGCACAGCCCUGGCCUCUCACCCUGCCCACCCGACCCUCCCUCGGCCCUCUGAGACCCCUCGGCCACAGCCAGGACCGUCCACAAGAGGAUGGCCCGAACUGCCAAGGGGCCUCGGUCCCAAGCCGUGACCUUUCCAUUUCAAAAGGCCGAGUGUGACAAGGCCUCGCGCAGGCGGCCGGCCUUGGCCGGCGAGCUCGGUCCUGCUCUGUCCCUGGCAGGACUCCAGCGGGGACGCGUGCUAUUUAUGAGGGUCCUCGGUCGGCCAAGGAGCACUGAUUUGCAGGGUGAUGCGCCCCACCUUCCAGGCAGCCCUGGGGGCAGUGGUCACGUGAGGUCCAGGAGAGGAAGGCCUUUGUCCCCAGCUGCCCCAGGCAGGAGUGCCAGACUUGGUGUCAGGUAGGAGGAGGGUCUCAGGGUCUGGGGGUUCUUACUAAAUGCUGUUCCUGCUCAGUGUGCAAUGCAGCCCAGGAGACCCCACCCAUGAAUAAGUGUAGCCAGUGCACAGAGGAAAUCCACAUCCUUAACCUAACGCUGUAGACAGGCCGCGGCUCAGCCUCCCUUAGGGAGCUGGGCUUUGGAUGUGAAGCGCACCUCCUUUACUUGUAAGUAAAUAAAACUGCCCAGAUGA